AUGUGGAGGGUGGACUAUUUAUGGCAGGGCACCUCAGGCAACAUCACCAAAGGAACAACCAUCUUAGAAGGCAUCAAGAAGGCUGUUAGUAAACAGACCCGGUUUGUUUUCCAUGAAAAACCCGACAAGCAAUUCGUUAACAAGAACCAGUAUUCCUCAUACGCAAUUGUGGUUGUUGGCGAGCUCCGAUAUGCAAAGAUGGACUGUGAUAGCAAAGAGCUCAGGAUAGCACUGGACGGCGAGGAGACUAUCAAAAUUGUGUGCAAGGAGGUGAAAUAUUUGGUCAUCAUUGUGUCGGGUCGACCCGUGGUAACAAAGCCUUAUGUGGAUAUUAUGGAGGCAUUGGUGGCUGCUUGGCUUCUAGUCGCGCAAUAG